AUGAAUUUUGAUGCCGUGGCCCGCUCCAAUGUCAAGUUCUCAUGGCAAAAGAACCAUGAUCACGGUGAGGAAAAACUGCUUUCCAGCAAUCUUCGUCACCCUUCCCGUGACGCUCUGCGGAGUCUCCAUAACAUUGUCAGCCGAUUUGCACGGAUUGUCGGUCUGGAUAAGACCGAUAUCCCACUUGCAGUGUACAAAGGAUCCUUUGGUGAAAAGUUUUUCAUCCACAGCAAAGUCCUUGCUUCCACCCUUCGGACCUUGGCCAAGAAGCCUUACAACCUGACUGAUCGCGAUCUUCAGCGACAUUACAAAUAUACGUCCCACUCUCUUCGAGCUGGGACGGCAGUGAUCCUUCACGCUGCGGGUAUCCACGCUAUCCAGAUCAAAUUUCUCUUGCGCUGGCGCUCUAAUUCUUUUUUCCUUUACCUUCGCAAUGUCGCACACCUUUCGGAGCAACAAAACCGGGCAAUUAACCAACUUGCCUCGGCUACUCAGUCUGAAGUGACUGCAGCUUGUGCUGCUUCUCGACUCAUACCAAACAUUGUUUAG